CGUUCUGCUCUGAGGGCACUUUGAAGUGGUGCGAAUAUUGGAGAGGGCCCAGCACGUUGUGCAGUCUGCAGGAGUCUCUGCAGGUCAUCUCGGUCAGACGACCUCCCAUGGCAACUGCUGGGUCUCUCCCGAGACCUCCCUCCUCGUCAGCGAGCGAGCAUUACGACAAUCCACGCGAUAGCCCCAAAGUGCACCUGGCCUGGCACACGGUAGCCGUGGUUGGUGAUUGCCACCGUGGCCAAUGGCUGUGUGGUAUUUGGGGAGCGGUGGUGUGGCGUUUAGCGCUGCUGCACUGCGAAUACGAACCCACCAGUGACGAUUAUCUGAACCAAAGGCGGGGUGGGGCCUGCUGGUGGCCACCCUCGUGUGUAACAGUGCCGGCCUUCAUAGGUGCUCGCUAACAACACUUGCCCCAACAGUCUGCUACGGGCUAUAUGGGGGUGGGUUCUUUGUUGACACAAUAGGAGGGCACAGGUGGUGCAUCGGCCAGUCGUCUCAGUCGACCCAUGGCACCACCUGGGUCUGUCCCAUGACCUGGCAGCGGGGGUUCGACACUUCACGUGGCCUUAACGUGCACAUCGCCUGGCACAAGCGACGUCACCGCCACUUUGUAGCGAAUAGCGGCGGUUGUUGUUGUAGUUGCAUGUAUCCGUGUCUCUCUCUGUGCAUGUGGGGGGUGCGGUAGCGUAAUUAAGAUUGGUUGCUGGCCAUCAUCCACGCGUGUGUGCCAACAGCGGCCGGCCAUCACAAGGUUGCUGCUCGCGAACAUGCAAAUGUGCCCCGACAGCCUGUUGUUACGGGGCUCCACGAAGGAGGAUCUUUGUAAAUGUAUUUGUGUAACUUCUGCCCGUGGGGUAACUUCUCUCUCGCAGGCUUCCACGCGUCGUCCCGAAGCGCCGGCCGUGGUGGAUUAUUUUUGUUAUUUCCCCACCCACCUAACCACCUACCACACUCUCCCCUGCGAACCGUGGGUAACUAACAGCGUGGGGAGGGUGUAUGUCGUCACACGCUCGUUCUAUUUCAUUAUCGCCUUCACGUUAUUAAUUAACGAGUCGCUGCUCUAUAUUUAAAAGUUCGUGCGUUAACGCCGCCCGAGUUGUCGUCGGUGGUGGUGGUGGUGGUGUGCGCAGCGCGGCUUGACGAAUUCCGGGGCAAGGCCUCGAUUUAUACAUUAAAAAAAACACAUUAACGUUAAGGGAAUUUUCGGAGCCACGUUUAAGCGAAUGCGUUAACGUGCUAAAAUGUAUUUAACAAAAAAAACGCGAACUUAAUGACUUUAUCAUAUUAUUUAACUUGCGACAGCCGUUCGUGUAAAUAGUUUUCGCUACAGUGGGUUGCGUAGCAUGCCGCUGUGGGCCCUCUGUCCGCGUCGGCUGGUCGCCCGGGUCUCCAUAACCCACAACAUGGCCUUGACUCUGCUCACGUUUCGUUCAUUCACAUGCCCUCUCGGCUCCCAGAUGCACUUUAAUGUAAACCCGUUGACCUCUAGUCGUGACCGAAUGCCCUCCAGACGUGGCCCAUUGCCCUCGGUUUCAUCCUCACGCUCAUUAGGGCCGUUAGAUGCAAUUUGUGGCCCAAAGCCCUUAAUUUCGGCUGGUCCAAUGCCCUCUAGUCAUAGCUCAAGUCGUGGAGGAAUGCCCUCAUGGCUAUCGAGCCCCUUGCCUGCCACCGAUUGGGACGUAAAACCUUUAAUCUCGGCUAUACGAAUGCCCCAUCGUGGCCCAAUGAGCUCCAAGUGGCCAUGCAUUUCGGUGGCCUCAUUGCCACCACCUCCGCCACCCUGCCGUCUAUUUUCCAACGUGGCUUGCUGGCCCAGCAGUGUGUCCCUUCCUCGCCGCCUGUGGCUGCCCUCACCGGGUGUUGCCCCGGUCUCGGGGUCUGCCAAGCGCGUUUUGUUCGAGCAAGGACAGUCACCCGAGCCGGGGAUACGCGAGUACUUCUACUACAUUGAUCACCUGGGCCAGCUCUUCCUCGAUGAUGCCAAAAUCAAGAAUUUCACUUCGUGCUUUAAAGACAAGAAGUUCUUGGUGUUCUUUUUCCACCGGCUCCAGGCCAAUGACACGCCACGGUACAGGAGCGAGUUUCCCUGGCUGUCACUGUGCGGCCGCGAACGCAACUACAUUCACUGCGACGACCGCCCCGUCGUCUUCACGGAGCUGCUGACGCCGCCGGGCAUGGGUGCCAGCGGCCGGCAGGAGCUGGCGUUUGGCCGCGCUGGGUCGGCGCUCACCGUGCCCUUUGAGCCGGAGCAGCUGUGCAUGUCUCGAGCGAGCGGACGCGUCUACCACCCAGCAGCGGAGCAAUUCGGCGGAGCGGGGCUCGUCUCCUCGGACCUGGCAAUGAGGCUGAGCCCCUUCUUCCGCUACGAGUCCGACGACGAGAGCGUUCCGCCCACACACUUCGAGUGGCAAGGGCGCACAUACGAGCUAACCAAUCAGCUCUGGGACGCGCUUAUGGAAGGGGAGGCGCAGUCACAUUCCAGCUGAUUGGUCGAGACAUAACGAUGUGAGACAACUAUUUGGCGGACCUGUAGCAAUGUCAAUUAAUUUCCAAAGCAACGUUAAAAUUCUGAUGAAUGGCUGGCCUUUGGCACCAGACACCGCAUUGGCUGAAUAAUUAUAGCACUCAUGGUCAGACAAUUGACCUAUACAUCAUGACACCUUAUUUUCCAAAUGUACUGUUAUGGGAUCUUUAUUUAGUUCUGCACAAUUGUUUAAAGGAUUGCUAAACCGAUUUCUAUUAAUAACAGUCAACUGUUUGGUUUGAGACUAAAGUAUGGUAUUCUCAAACUCUCAUUUGUCACAUCAGCAUUGAUACAUUUACACACUUAACAAUAUUUUUCAGUCAUACAUUAACUUAAGUGUAUUGUAUGUGGUCAGCAGUUGGUAUACUGUAUGUGGAAAAGUGUACUAAAGGACUGUAAUUUUGGGAUCACUGCUUUAAGGCCAAGUGAAAGUUCAGUGGUUCAGGAUCAUUUCACGAGCUUCAGAAAACAAUGGAGGUGCCGGGUUGAAAGGGUCAUUCGUAACGAAUGUUUUUUUUUUCUGAAGCCAAACCUACCUUUAUAUUUCACUUACCAAACUGAAUUUCGAUUUAAAGCUUUCGUGACUGCAGGGAUUCAUCUUCUUGGUUCUUUCGGUAAAGUCACGUAGAAGGGAAGUAAUAAAAUAAUAAAAAUAAAACAUAAUAAAAUAAAAUAAUAUACCAAACUGAGUUGUGUAAAAUGCCAUUGUUUGAUGAUGGGAGUGGAAGUGGGCCACGAAUUUACUAAUCUAGCAAAUACUUCCUCUGGCCAUGUCUCUGACUUUAAUACUCUGAAAAACACACUAUAUCGAUGUAGAUUAAUGCAGUCCCAGUCACAUCCAUUACUCAAUAUCAAGAGACUGUUUUCACCUGGAUUGGUAGGGGCAGAUAAGUGUGGUAGCAGGGAGUAUGUUUCAGUAAUGGAUAGUCUGGUGGAGCAAGUCCAUGGAGUAAAGUGCAUUUAUCAAGAUCAGGAGGGAGUGUGUUAACUGCUGUGAAAAUAAAAUGCGUCUACCCAAGUGCCUUCUAAUCUAAAUGGAUGUCACUACAUUUUAACAGACGUCACCAGAAAAUAUUUCUGGAAAGGAAUAAUAAUGUAUGAGAUGUUUGAAGUCUGUAUGACAGUUGAAAUUAAUGCAGAGUCCUAAAACAAUGACAUCAUGUAUGUGAAGUCUGGUCAUUUUGCAUGCGUUGCAUUUAAAUAUUUGCCGCAAGUGCAGUUAUUUGUAAAGUGGAUUGUAGUGUAAUUGCUAAAGGAAUUGACAAGAAUUGAGCGUAGAGUUAAAGGUUCAAGCGUCCAGUUCUUUAAACAUUUAUUUUAAUUUCACAGUAAUGAAGUCCCCACAGGGGUACUUACAUUUUUCAUGUUUUAACAAUCAUUCUGUCAGCAACACUAAAACCACUGUACACAAUUUUUUAUUGACGUUCUACGCAGUCCAAUCUGCACUUUUCACCUGGCUUGCUCCACCUCGCCUUUGGCUGAAACAAUUGGGUUGAGAAACACGACCAUGAAGGACGCUCAACCAUCAUGCACAUUCGCUCAUCUCCGUGGUCGCAUGGAUUUCUUUUUGGGUCCACAGGUUUUUCCUUCCACAUUUAGAAACGCGUUUUAGAGUAUUUGGCUGCUAUAAAUUUACACUUCAUUGAGCUAUCAAUUAUGGCCAUGUUGCUUCUGAUAAGGAGCUAUUUUGCUCAGUGGGCCUUACCUGGUAAAAUAAAAGUUUAGUUUUUAGUUUAUUAGAUAUUCUGGGAGGUCCCAUCCAAGUCCUGUCCUGACAGUUAUAGCCGAUUUAUAUAAACUGCACAAUAAUCAUACCGAAUAUUACAACAGUAUAGUUAUUAUUUACCAAAUUAUUACCUUGUAAUUCCAGUAUUCCCUUAUUUUAAACAUAUAUUAUUGACAUCAGAAUGCCAGUCUGGCUGUCAUGAAGUAACUAAUUAUUUGGCCAGUUUGCAGCUCUUGAUCAGCAACAAAGGAUAUUUGUGGCAUAAUUUGUGGUUUAAAAUACAUGUCUCGUGAGCAUGUGGACAAAUUCUCACACAUGGAACAUGCUGAACAGGAAAAUAGCACCGCUAAACUGGCAAAGAUCUCAUGAAAUGCGCAUACCAAUUAUUAAGAUGUUAAACGAACAACUAACCCUAUGACUAUGUAACCGAGCAAUGUGAUAUCUAUAUUUUAAAUGCAAUUUGGGAAAUUGGAGAGUGAAGAGAACCCAUGGAUUUGGGUGAAAUGUGCAGGAAAAAAUGCAACGCUUUUCGGUUUUAAUUAUAUUUUGGCAUGGCUUUGCAAUACCCCGCUAAACCCAAUCUCAUCAGCCCUGAAAGAAGGCACUACAUCUGUCAAAUUUGCCAUUGUUCCAACUGCUUUCAGAGCCUGGUCAACUAAGUGGAUCCACAUUGUCAUCAUUUCAUAAGGGACCAGAAGCAUUUGAAAAUAUGGCCAGACAAUAAAAAAUAUAGCAUUUGUAUGUUGACAUUUUAGUUUUUUUUACCACCAAAAAAAUUGCUGAAAAUGAAUGUUAUUCCUAUGGGAAUAUAUUGCACUAGAUACACAACGUGCAAAUACUGUGCGCAUAUCCUUCAUAAAUAAAGUCGAACCAG